AUGUUUCUUUUCUAUCUUUUGGUCAACAUGAGUGAUAAGUCAGACUUGUCUGAAGUAGAGGAGUCUGACAGGUCCAAACUGAUUAAAACUAAUACUAAAGAAAAAGUGCUCUUCCCUCAAAGCUUCGCCACCUAUUUCCCUAGAGUGCUGAGGCAAGUGCACACAGGACUGAGUCUUUCCCAUGAAGCUUUAAACAUCAUGGAUUCAUUCGUGGAUGAUAUGUUUGAGCGGAUUGCUGAAGAGGCUGGGUGCCUGACCCGCUCCAGCAAGCGCUGUACCAUCAUGAGUGAGGACAUCCAGACAGCUGUGUGUCUUCUGUUGCCUGGGGAGAUUGGCAGUUAUGCCAUGUCCGAGGCCACCAAGUUGGUCAUCAGAUACAACACCCACAGAUGA